UACUUUACCUUUUCCAGUGGAUCACAAUCUGUCUUUACUAUUGAACUGCAGAAAAAUGUUUUUUAGUGAAACAUAUUAGUUGAAGAGAAGAUCAGUUUAGGAAGUGGCUUUGGUUCCAUCAAGGGUUCUUUUGGAAGAGAAGAUCUUUCCAAGAGGCAAAUUGAGUGGGGUCUCAAAAGAUUCUGCAGAAAGACAAGAAGAUUUCAGUGGCACUCAAGACAGCAAUUCUGGAUACCAUUCAUUUAAUGGAUCUACAAGAUCAAACCAUUCAUCAUCUGCCUCACAAGUUGCCACCUCUGACAGCCAAGUCGAAAAUCAAGGAGAAGAGUCGGAUCAAGUUUCGGUUGUUGGAGUAUCUGCUCUACAUAAUUCUGGUUAAUCUAAAGAUUUUGUAGUCGCCGCUGAAGUUACGAUCGAGUUGCUUCGGGCAGAAGUGGAUAUGUGGAAACAAAAUUCUCUCCGACUUACGGCGGAGUUGGAUAAACUUCGGAAUGAACUUCUAGUGGAGACAAAGCACCGGGCAAGCCUUCAAGUGGAGCUUUUGGAGAUACACACACAGUUCACUGGAUUGCAGCAGGAACUUGAUAAACUGAGGAUUCUAAUGGAGGGGACAAGGGAAAAACAAGAGGCCAAAGAGAACAUUCUUUUUCAAAUGAAGGAUGAAGAUGGCAUAACGAAGGAAUGGGAAAGAGAAAUGAAGUUUCAAAAGGAAUUAAAUGGUAAUUUGGCUUUGCAGCUAAAGAGAAGUCAGGAGGCCAACCUUGAACUUGUUUCUGUCCUACACGAAAUGGAGAAUACAAUGGAAAAGCAGCAGAUGGAGAUAAAUAACCUUUCAGAAGACAAGGUGGAUAUUGAAGAUAUGGAUACCUAUAGCAUCAGCAGUGAAGAUAACAAGAGAAGAAGCUCGGAGGAUCAAGAUUUUCGUAAGGAUGUAAGAAUGCGCGGUUCGUGCAUUGAAGAAAAUGUUGUUCAAUUACGUGAAGAGCUUGAAGCAAAUGGAACUAAAGCCUUGAAGCUCCAGUUGCAUCCAUUGCCAGAAUUUCGAAAAGAGCAAGAACAGAAUAUUCCAGUUUCUAGGAAGGAGAAGAAAAUUCAUGGAUCCAAGAUAGGAGGAAUGCCGAAUCCCAGAGUGGGAACUCCUCCAGAAGCUCAGACUAAGCUGGAGAAUGGUGAUUUAUAUGAAGAUACCUUAUCUACAGGUACUGCAGAAGCCGAAAGGCUGGGUACAGAGUUCAGUUUGGCGCUGAAUGCUGCUAUUGACAGUCUAAGGCAUGAGAAUAUGCUGAAGGACAUGGAGAUUGAAGGCUUGAAACAUUGUAAAAAGGAGUUGGAAACUCAGAUUAUAAGUAUUGAGGAAGAGAAAAGUCAGAUGGAGGCGAAUGUGACUGGUUUGCUCGGAACUAGCAGUAUGGAUCCUCGGGUUUUAGCCAAUAAUAUUAUUUCCAAGACAUCAUUGAAGUCAAAAAAUGAAAAUGAUGAACUAGAAGCGCAUUUGUUGGAACUAGAAAAUGAAAAUAUUUGCUUAUCAGAAAGAAUAUGUGGCUUGGAGGCUGUUCUGAGGCACCUAACCGAUGAAAAUGAGUCGACUCGUUUGCUGUUACAAGAUUCACAAUCUACUGUUGGGAAACUCCAGAAUAAAGUAAGUGAAUUGGAAAAUGAAAUAAUGGCACAAAAACUUGAUUUGACAGAGAAGUUAGAGGAUAGACAGAAACAAUGUAUUGAAGCUCUCGAAGAGGGUCAGAAUUUGAAAAUAGAAAACAAGAAAUUGCAGGCUAUGAUUGAAAGUAUAAUGGAGGAAAAUUCUUUACUGCAGAUAUCAAAUAGUGAGCUGAGGAAGCGAAAGAUGGAUUUACAGGAGCAUUGUGCAAUCUUAGAAGUUGAAGUGAAGGAUACACUCGAGCUUUUUUCAGGUAUCUUAAAGGAAGUAGAAAGUCUAGAAGCGAGUUUUUGUAGGAUGCUGAAAGAAAUUAGUUUGAAAGAGAAAUCCAUGACUGGAGAACUUGAUGCUCUGGUUCGAGAAAUUCAAAAGCAUAAUGCAAACCUCGCUAGGGAUGAUAGCCUGUUGAAUCAGAUGUACCUGGAGAAAACAGCUGAAGUAGACAAUCUCGAAAGAAAAGUUGUACACCUCAUGAAACAAAUGUCUGCAACUUUUGAUGAAAAAGAGAGAGAGGCUUCACAGGCUAUACUUGAACUAUGUUGUUUAAGAGAAGAUAAGGUGAUGUUAGAAGCUGCUCUACAAGAGGCUCAAGGAAAACUUAGGCUAUGUGAGAGCAAGAUUGAUCUCAUCCACAGGGAAUCAGAAAGAAAAGUUAUGGGAGUUAUAGGUGAACUAGCAGUUUCCAAGCAAAACCAGGACAUUCUUAUGGAUUGUCACAGAAAGGUGCUAAGUUCCCAAGAAAAUGUCAAAAACAGUGAAUUGAAAUUGAAGAACAUGCUUCGGCGGCAUGAAUUAAAGUUGAAAGCAUCUGAAAGUGACAGGCAAAAUCUAGCUGAGGAAGUUUCUGCUCUUAAGAUAAAAUUGCGAAAGAUGGAAGAGCUCCAAGACGAAGUUUUAGUGCUCAAGAAAUCACUUGUCGAAGCAGAACAUCAAAAUAAGUGUCUCAAAGCUUCCUUUGAGAUGUUGUCUGAAGAUUAUGAGAAGCUGAAGGCCAAAAGCGUGACAUAUUUGGAGGAAAUAUCUAAUAUACAGAUGGUAGCAUCUGAAUUAGGGGACUACAAGCGGUGUAAAGCCGCCCUUGAGGAAAAGGUUUGGCGGCUUGAGUGGGAGUUAACUGCAAAAGAAGCAUCUUGUACCUUGCUAUCUAAGAUGAAAAACGAACUUGCACGGUUAACAAGAACAAAUAGCCAGUUAAAGGGCAAAAUAAAGUACCUGGAGGAGGAGAAAGAAGAGUGUUUCAAGAGAGUUCAAGUGCUUGAAGAGAAGCUAAAACAGCACAAAGAAGAAAAGCAUAAUGAAGAGGCAAUCAAUGGGAAACUUCCUCAUGAUCCAGAGCUCUAUGACACUUGUGGUUCAACCUUUGAUAAUACACAGAGCUUAAAGGAUGAUGCUAAAACAACUCUCUGUUUCAAUGAAAGUUCCCAAGUCAAAAUACUUGAUCCCUUAUUGAAGAUUCAGUUUAUUGGGAAUAAAUUGGCUGAAGCAUCAAGUCGCUCUCACAAAAACUUGAUCAAGGGGUAGAUUAUAGAAGGUGUGUCUUCUUGUUCUGGCUUCUAUCUCUCUCACACACCUAAUUUACCCGCUUGAGACAAUAAUUUUAUUUUAUUUUAUUUCUUUAAAAGAAACUAUCAAUGAAUUAGAGACAAAAAAGAAGCAGA